AACAUCGUUUAUGGUUCUGUUUCUUCUGUUCCUUCCUCUCUCCCUCGUCGUCCGCUCGUUGCGGCUUUUCCUUCUUCCCACUCGCCACUGUCUUCUCCCUCCCACUUCCUCGUUUCGCCCCCAUCGCCAAUUCCCAACCCCCCUCCGAUCUUUCCUGGUAAUCGAACGAACAGGAGAUCAUUCGUUUCGUGGUGGGAGUUAGAAAGGAGUAGGAAUAGAAGGGCGGGAGAGAGGAGGAAGAAGCAAGAUGUGCUGCGAGUGCCGACCGCUCGGAUGGCUGCUGGGCCUUCCCUUCGCUUUGCUCUCCCUUGUCGUCUCCAUCGUCGGCGCCGCCAUCUGGAUCGUCGGGCUGCCGGUAUCGUGCAUCUGCCCGUGCUGCCUGUGCGUGACGAUCCUGGUGGAGUUCGCCGUCGAGCUCAUCAAGGCGCCGCUCCACGUCAUGAGGUGGUUCGCCUCGCAGAUCCCCUGUUAGCCCCUCAUCCUCUUUAACCACCCGUAUUCCGAGGGAUUUCGCUCGGUACUCGAACGUCAUCUCACCAUUUCCGCUUCACAUUUGGUUUCUUAGUUUAUGCGGUGAUUCUUAUCUUCCAUCGUUGUGCAUCCACUGCCGAUUCAUACUGUUUGGAUCGUAGUUUUGGAUUCCGGAUGAUGUUAUGAAUCAGAUGGAUGAAAAGAUGGAGGGUGGAGUUGGGAGUCGAGGAAGCAUGCAGUGUUUGUUGCCCAUGAUGUCCAUGGAUCGUAUCGAGGAACAAUCCAUGCAUUUCCAUCACAACCCAACUAGCGUCGGACUUCCAUCUCUCAUAUUUCAAAUCAUCACUUAAUAUUUCAGUCAAGU